AUGGUGAUUAAAAUGGAUUCCCAUUCAAAAUAGACGUCAGAGAGUGAGAAAGAUUACUAAGUUUUGGAGAGUCAGAGAUAAAUUUGCGGAAGUUUUUUUGAUCAAGGCUUCAGAUACCUAUUUUGAAGGCAUAACGUUGAAAAUUUCCAAAUUUUAAAUUUUCCUGAAGUUCUUUGACCAUAAAUUUUGGUUAUGUACUUCAAACCAACGAUGAAAAUGACUAAAUUGAAUAAAUUUUGCGCUUUCAAGCCAUUCAACAACUAAAAAGGUUAAUUUUACUACUUCGAGGUGUUCUUUAAGGUGCUGGAAGAGUUUGAAGAAGCUAGGAAAAUUUAUUUGUUUACUACUUGAGCUUGAAUGAAAGCGAUUCUGACAGUUUAUCUUCUCGUAUAUGUAUACUGUGUUGUUUCUCGCCGUUCCGUCCGCACAAACAUACUAAACUUGUGAACGGCGCUAAUCUCUGUGUAAACUGACCGCCGGCAAGUUCCAGACGACGUCGUCCGCCGUCGAUGUUCUUCAACAGGAAGAAGGACGGGGAGGACACGUCCGUCGUCGCCAAAAAAAUAAACCGCCGGUUUGAAUUGAAUAAUUUUUUUGAUUUUAUGGUCGAUUUUUUUGAAAAAAAUUUAGAGGUUUUUUUGGAAUGAAGUUUUGAAUGUGCAAGAAAUAUGUGAUAUUGAUUGAUUUUUUUCUUUUGUUGGUAGUUUUGAGGAUUUUUUUGAGGUUUUGAGAGUUUUUUUAGUAAAAAUAUAUAAUUUAAAGCAUUUUUUUCUGAAGAAAAAGUUAUAAAAAAAGCUGGGUUUUUUUAAAAAUCGUGAAAUAUUUGGUUAUUCCUAUUUGAAAAAAACACUUCAAUACACAGAAAAAGAAGAAAAAAAUUGUGAAAGUUGUUUUUUUCUUUGUCUGUGAUGCAAUAUGUUCAUAAUAACGUAUAAAUGCCUUUUUUUGAAUUUCUGAAAAAAAUUAAUUUUUUUAUAAAAAUUCGAGGAAAAAGGGGCUAUGAAAUAGCAAGAAAAAAAAAAACUUUUUUUUCGCGAAGAUAUAAUUCUCCAAACUCCAGGUACCUCCAAAGCGAAGUCUCUUCAGCUUCGGAAAAAAUGGAAGUCGAGAUUCUGAAAGUUCCCACGGGAGCAGUGACGUCACAGUGAUACCUGCACAUCGUAAUGAGAAUGGAUCAGGUUUUCAUUUUUCCAGAAGGAUUUCUAAUUUUUGGUACAGGAGAUCAUGAAGGAAGGCCCCACGCCUUGACGUCUUCAAGUAUUGAUUCCAGCGCCUCGACUCAGUGGAAUAUUGGUAUUUUCUUCGAUUUUAAAGGAGCAGAGGUGUUGAAAAGGUCUCACGGCGAAUAUCUGCUUUUAACUAGCCCUUAAGCUUGGAUAGUUUGAAAAAAAAAAUCAGAAAAAGUGGCUCGACUCAAUGGAAUAUUGGUAGUUUCUGCUUAAUUUUAAAGGAGCAGAGAGUGGAUUUCGUGAAGGUCACACGGCGAAUACCUCCCUGUGCCUUUAAAACAGCCCUAAGCCUUUGAUAAUUGAAGUAAAAAUCAGAAAAAGCUCAUUUUUUCGACUUUCAGAUGUCCGGAAAGCCGAAGUUCUAACGAAACCUCUACCAUCGCCCAAAGAGUUCGAUAUCCAAGGAUUGGCCUUGCCGGCCCUGGCAGCCGUCCAAGUUUACGUCAGAAAGCUGACUUUGAGGAAGAAUAUGACAGGUGGGAUUUUGGACAUUUUGGGGAGAAUAAGUUGGGGUUUUAUUGGGGACAGUGGAUCCAAAGACAGGCGAGGAUGUAUAUUGAAAAAAAUUCCUUGAUUUUGGAGUUUUUGGUCAGAAAAAGUUGGAUUUUUAUGGGCACAGUGAAUCCAAACCCAGGGGAGGAUGUAUGUAUAUUGAAAAAAAAAAAUUUAUGAUUUUACUUCGGAUUUCUUCAAAAAAAAUUUUCGUGGAGGUUUUUUUAUUCAUUUGACAGUUUCGAAACCUGUUGGUUAAUCGAAAAAAAUUGCUAUAUUUCUGAUUAAAAACUUUAAAAAAAGUGUGUACAUCAUUAUAUUUUUUUAGAACUUUUCUACAUUUUUUUCUGGUUCCUAGUAUCAAUUUUUGUUCAUUGCAUGUUUCUAAAUCCCUUUUUGAAGACUUUUCCUCAUUAGAAUAUCAAAAUAGUGAAUAAUUGUACCUAUUUUUUGAAGAAUUUUAGUUUUGACCGAAUUUUUUUUGGAAAAAAUUCAAGAAAAAGAUGUUUUCCUAGACAUAUGUAAGUGAAGAGAAGUACUGGAAAAAAUGUAUUUUUGAACAAUUUCUCACUUUUCUUUCUCCUCCUUGUCCACAGCGCAAGAAAAAAUCCUCAACAGAUCAAAAAAAAAAUUACUUUUUCGUUUUUAGGAGACUUUGGUUUCUCGAUCCGAAGAGUUCAAUUCCCUUAUGGAAAUCGGGGCGCCAUGAGGACCGUUGUCUUCGCUGAGCCCAGUGAUUACAGAUCGGGACCUCCCCGACCUGAUGAUCUCAGGUUUUUUCAAUUUUAAGAAAACGGUCAAUGUCCAAAGGGUCUCAAAAAGGUCUAUUGGAAAAAAGUCCUUUAAAAGCCCUCAAAAGCGUCUUUUUUUUGAUUUAUUUCUGAAAAGGACCUUUUGAGAAGUUCUCAAAAAAAUAAGGCGGAAAAAAGAUGGAAAAAAGAAGAUUCCGAGAAACUUUUGACACCUUUUUAGGAACUCAAAAAGGAGUUUUAGAAGCCUCUUCUUUUUAAGGCCUUUUUAAGGUCGUUUGUCCGCCUGUGAAUAAACUUUUUUCUCCUAGAAAUGGUCUUCUGCCUGGCGAUCAAUUACUAGAAAUCGAUGGCCAACGGGUCGAUAAAAUGAGCCGCGAUGAGCUCCAGGACGCUGUCAGGAGGGCUGGAGCUACCAUUGGUACAUGUUUUGAAGUUAUUUUUUGAGAAAGUUUACUUAAAAAUCCCAAUUUAAAUUUUUUGAAGCCAUAAGAUCAAGUAGAGUUUUUUUUUUUUGAAUUCUUAUUGACUUUUCUCAAGCAGUGGAACCUGAAAUUUUUUUAAAACAUUUUUUUUUUUUUCGUCAAUCUCUACUAUCAGUGUAUCUUGAAAUAUACGGGUAUAGGUGAUUUCAUACUCCCUGGAUUAGUUUAAAAAUGAAAUUUUCCAAAACUUCCAAAUUUAAGCGAUGAAUAAGCCUCAACAGUGUAGCAGUUUGCAUUGAGAAAAAAAUAAUUUUUUUCUGUUUAUUUUUUUCUUGGACCCUAAUGUCAAAUUUAUCUCCUAUUUUAUCUUCUAAAGGAAAUUCAGAGUAAAAUCCAAGACCGAAAUUCCCGAAAACUUUUUUUUAAAGAAGAGAAAAUUUUGAGGUUUUUACGUCGAAUUUUCGCUCGAAAGUUGGUGAGAAUCUCAAUUUUCAAACUUAUCUUUCGAUCUUUCUGCUAAGCUUAUCUUUAUGGUAAUUUUUUUGUCACUUUUUUUAAUUAUUUAUUCGUCCAGAACUUGUGGUGAAAGCGGUACCGGAACUGGCGGAGCUGUGCCAAAAGAAAGUUGGCGGCGUCAGGGAUUCUGGAGACCAGCUUCUGCUUCCCAACGUCAACACUUCUUUACGAGAGGUAGUUUUAAUUUGGUGUGAAGCUUGAAAUUCGCUAUGAUGUUUCGCCUUUUUUGAAAUAAUCUGUUGAAUCGGAAGCUUGAUUUUCUAACGUCAAUAUUCUAAGAAGGACAAUAUUAUCUUCAAGUCGUUAUUGGUCAAAUAAACAGGCCGAAUUUUCAUUUAUUCCGUUAUUCCAGUCAUUUUUGGUCAACGAAGAUGAUAGUUUUUUGAUUUAUUUCAUGAUUCUUACACUUGUAAUUUGCUAAGAUGGGAAACUUCUGCCCCUAAAGAUAAAUGUUUUUGAGGACAUCCCGGAGGAAGAACGAUUCUGGCUGCUUCACAAGGGCGGCUACACGAUGGCGCGAAUGCAACGAAUGCUGGACGACGGCCGCGCGACGAUCCUUGUCGCCGGCAAGACGAUGACCGUCGAUUCCACGGAUAUCGACCGAGCCAAUCCGACUGCUCUUGAUAGGGUCCGUGAUUAAAUUUUCAUCGUUUUGUGUGGAAUCUUUGGAAUUUUCAGUGAUGAAUGAGAAUUUAGAGCUCCAAUAACUGUUAAAAGAAGAAUUACGUAACAAAAAAAAUUAGAUUUUCCCGCCUUUUCUGAAAUUUCCCAGACUAACCAUAACCGGAGUGAGCUCUGGAUAGGGUCCGUCCUUGAAUUUUCAUCUAUUUUUUGGAAAAUCUUGGGGACUUUCAGAGAUAAAUGUAGAGCUUCAAUAAUUGCUAAAAAUAAAUAUUAAGUAACAAAAAAAAAAAUUAGAUUUUCCUUGUCUUUUCUGAAAUAUCCCAGACUAACCAAAAACCGGAGUGAUCCCUUGAGUAACCCCCUGAAGUUAUCACUAAGGAACACAGAAAAGUCCAGAACACGUAUGGUUUGCAUUACCAGCUCUAGAACCUCGGUACUGCAAACCGAAAUUUCUUAGAACUCAAUAAUGAAAAGCGUAGUGAUUCCUUGAGCGACCCCUGAAGUUAUCACUAGGGGACACAAAGUCGUGGUCACUUAAGGGCCUUCAAAGUGCUCUGUUAGCCGAAGUUUCUCAGACGCCGGUACCGUAGUAAUUCCUAUAGUGGUCCCUGAAGUAAUCACAAAAUGACCCAGAAACGUCCAGAACAUUUAUGGUUUCCCUUACCAGCUCUAGGACUUCGGUAAUGUAAACCUGACGAUUCUGAGCCUUCCCCACUUAAGGGCCUUCAAUUUGAUCAGAAAUAUCCAGGGCGCUUUUCAGUUCGCAUUGCCAGUGUCUAGGUUUUGAAAAAAUAAAUUGAAGCGGAAAAAAUUUGGAAAAUGGAUUGCUUUCUGAGAAAAUAUUGAAAAGAAAUGAAAAAAUUCGAAGAAAGAAAAUGAAUGUAGAGUUGGAGAAGCCGUUGGAAGAGUUGAAGAACUACUUUUUUUUUUUUGAUGAAACAUUUUUUCAUUUUCAGGUUGGCGAUAUCGCGUCGCUGAUGUACUUGAAUGAAACGAGCGCCGUUCAUUUACUACGGAACCGGUUUACAUUUCCCAAAAAUUAUUUUUAAAUAUGUGAAAUUAACAGCUUCGGAAGCAACCUGCUGUACACCAACGCCGGCACUCAGUCGGUCGUGGCGAUGACGUCACCAGAGCCGACGUCAUCCGAACGGCUCGUCUCCCUGUUCAAGGGAUGUCGACGAGGCCAGAUGCCGGCUCAUCUCUAUGCCACCGCCCAACAAGUUUAUCGGUAUGAAUUUUUCUUUUUCCUUGUUCAAGUUAGGGAAAUAAGAUUUGAACCGGGAAAACUCGAGAUUUUAUUUUUCAAUUUUUAGGGUUGUUUGGGCUUUAUCUGAGGGAAAUUGUUCACAGUCAUAGACCUCUGCUCAAGAGGUGCAAUGAGAUUAUUAAAAAAAACGCAAAAAAGAUUUUUUUUUUUCAAGCUUGCCAUGGUCGGACGUCUACAUAAAGCCGGUUCAAAAUGGAUUUUCCAAGAGUUUUUCCGGCUAAAAACGCAAGAAAACUUUUUUUUAAUACUUCCAGAAACAUAGAAGCUUGAAAUGUCGAUAUCGAGAAUUUAUUGAUAAUAUACAUCCGAAUUUUCUCCUUCAGAAACCUCCAAAUGACGGGCCAAAAUCAGAAUAUCGUGCUGACCGGCGUGACGGGAAGUGGAAAAUCGACGCAAUUGAGGGCUUUGGCGCAGUACCUUUCAGCUGUCGCCGGAUGGACUAAAACGUUGACUUGUUCGUUUUUUAUGUUACUUUAAUCCGCGUCAGGAAAAAAAAUCUAGAAAUUAAAUCGAGAAGUAAGACUUGAAAAAUGAAAGAAGGAUGGUGAGAGUUUCAAGAAUUGGUCAGAAGAAGUCUAUGAGCAAAGCUCAAUAAUAGAAAUAAGAAGUUAAAAUAUAAGUUUUUCUGAACAGAAGGUGACUUCUCAAUUUGGCUAGCCUACGAAGAAAAUGAGAGAUCUGAUAAAAUGUCACGAAAGUCGUACCUAAGAGAUUUUUCUUAGUCCAAAAACCAAUCUAAACGAUUUUCAGAUGAUAAACUAUCGCUGGUUUUCGGAGUUUUGGAAGCUUUUGGGCAUGCUUCGACGCGUUUCCAUCGCGAUUCCUCCCGUUUUGUUCAGAUGUUUGCCCUCGGAUUCGAUAAAGCCGCUGCCUUGAGGUUUUUAUUGGAAAAAAAAAAGAGAAACAAAAACUUGCAUCAAAAAAAAAGAUUUGAAUGAGAGGAAAAGGGCCUUUUUUCAACUGAACCGGUUCGGAUUCGGAAAAGUUUUGAGGGUAUGGUUAGGAAUCUCAGAUUCGGUUGAAGAAGGUUCAAAAUUGGGUUGUAACUGAUUUUUAAGCACAUAAUGGGCCUCUAUACUUGAAUAGAUAAGCACUUUCACUCGAAAUUGAAAAAUAUCAAGGCGCCUCAUUUUGAAAAAUUUUCACGUUGAUACCUGAAGAUACUAUAAUUUUCAAGCGGCUCUCGAUUUCCAUACUUCGAAAAGUUAGGUCGUUUCCGUUAAUUUUUUUUUCAAACUGAAAAGUGGAACCGAAAGAACAAUGGCUUCCUGAAGAGACGCGAGAGAAGCUAGACUGUUUCCCUUUCUCUGGCGUCUCUUCGGGUCAUUAUGAUCCUUUUUCUCAUCCUCAUUUUUCUCUCACAAAAAGACAUCGCAAAAUUUCACCUCAUUUCGAUUUGUUACUUAACUCCAAACAAUCAUCGAUCAUUAACCGUAAAAGCUUUGAAUUUCUCUGUACUUUUGCUGAGAUAUAUAUAUCAGUUAUAUUAUAUCAAUUAUGUUCAAUCCAUGAAAAAUGAAUCGCAUUUUGUUCACUUUAAAGAGCUGGAAGAGUGCAAGCUUGCAUGCUGGAAGCGGAACGAACGAUGACGCGGUCGACGGACGAGGAAUCCAAUUUCCACGUCUUCUACUAUCUGAUGCACGGCGCCGACGCCGAAACCCGACAACGUCUUCAGCUCGACUCCAUCGAAUCUUCCACCAUUCGGCUUUAUAAGAACGAGGAGCAGCAGUUGGGGGCUAAAGAGGUAGAAGAUCUCGUCCUUGGAGAGAAAGUUCUCUGAAAAAAAGAGGAAAAAUUAUGUUGUAUCGAAGAUUUUUCUCAGCAAAGUUAAGUGAAAGAUGAAUGAGAGGAAAACUUUGGCAGAGCGAGAGAAAAAGAUUGAGAAAAAAUAGCCGCGGUUUUGAGAAGAUUUGAAGUUUUCGCGAUCUGUGGAUAAUUGAAAAAGUCCUCAAAUAGACUUCGUUUUUAAAAAAGCUUUUGUCAGAGCCAUAUGAAAAAUAAUUGAAAGAAAAUAGCCGCGGUUUUGAGAAGAUUUUGAAGUUUUUGCGCUCUAUGGAUAAUCUAAAAGGAUGUCGAACCUUGGUUACGCGAACGGGACGCGAAUCGGACGUGUCGGGGAAUUUCUAGUGACCACUUUAGUAGUCUCAGAACUCUCAAGAACUUGAUCCCUAGAAUCGCCCAGAGCACGCACGUUUCGCGUCACCAAUGUUCGUGAUAACAGCUGCUCCAAAAAUUUUAAAAGUUGUUCCGGUGCGAAAUAAAGACGGCGAACGGUUCAAAUUAUGCGCUGAAAUUGCUUCUUACUGAAUCGAAUCUUGUAGAGGAAGCCUGCUUUUCAAAAUUUUUGCGACGCUUUUAAAAUAUAGCCAUUUUGAUUAGGCCUGGGAAAGACUAACGAUGGCGAUGGCUGAGAUCGGUAUGGAUGAGUCGAAGCAGUACGCCGCUCGGAACGUCCUGGGCGCGAUUUUGCACCUCCAAGCGGCUGGCUCCACCCCUGGAAGUGCUCAAAGAGCCCAUUUCCUUCGGUCCUCACAUGCACAGGUACACCCCUACCGAAAAAAAAUCUUAAAAAAAGAAGUUUUAGGUGGCCGCCGAACUUCUCGGCGUCACUUCCGAAGCCCUAGCCCAAGCAGUUUUUCGUGGUAAGAUCGUUGGCGGCGGCGCUAGCACCACUACGGGAACUGCCAUCAAGUUCGAAAUAACAGGAAAAUUUGCCUUGAAGGGGAUUCUUUCAGUCGCUUCGCUCUGACUUCCCGUGGCUGUGACGGUCCUGAGGCGCUGAACGCCUUCGGAGCCGCCUUGUACCAGGAGUUGUUCCAGAACAUCGUCGAACACGUCAACAGGGCGCUCUCCUCCAACUCGGCCUGCUCCUGGAUUUCGGUUCUCUUUUAAAAGGAUUUAGGACAGUUUGGCUUAUAUGAAUGAAAAAAGGGGUCUUAGAAGAUUUUGAAGAAAUGAAGAUACCAUAAACUUUCCUGAUUUUUCCCGACUAGGUAAUUGGAAAAGUCUUGUGAAAAAGCGCUCCACUGAUAAUUUUUGAAAAAAUGAUUUUUUCAGCCUACCUUCGUUCAAUGCCUUUUGAUGAAACCUGAAUCUGAAUCUUCCUGGACUCUUAAUCAGAAAAUAUUUUGAAAUUCCUCAGGUCCUCGACUAUCCCGGCUCGACUUUCGUGCCCUCCUGGGCUGGAGACCGACCAUGCGGCCUGAACGACCUGGUGAUGAACUAUGUGAAUGAACGAAUUUCCGAGCUCUUCUAUGACAUUUCCUUUGUUGAGCCUCAAGAAGUUUGCAUUAAGUUGCACAUAGUUGUAAAUAAUUUUCUGUCCAGGUGUAUGCUCAAGAACAGGUAGAUGUUCAUAUUGAUGUACCGCUGAGCUCGCCGCAUCCCCUCAAUAGGUUGCUCGACGAAAAACAGCACUUGGUAGGGAUUUUAGGAGAAAGCUGUGGAAAGUGAGAGAACUUGUGGUCGCGUUUGGAAUGGCUCUCAAAAUUGUGUCCUCAAUUGCGAAAGUCAGUUUAGGUCGGUCGCGCUUUAAAGAAAUCGAAAUUUCAACAGACUGCUCGAUGAACAAUUACUGAGCCAGGAAAUGAAAAUUGUUUAGUUUGGAAUGGCUCAAUGCGUCGCGGUCGCGUUGCGCCUAGAGAAAAAUUUGUAUCAAGCCGACCUCAAGAAAAUUCUCUAGUAUUUGUUGCCCUUACGGAAGUAGUUUCGUCUGCCGCAAUUUGAAGCAACCGCUGCGCGUUAAGCCAUCCCCAUUACGCUUCCGAGAAUUUAAAAAUGAACAAGUUGAGUUCCAGAAGUAAAAAAGUCAAAGCUAUAAAUCAGAAACGUUUGGAAUGGCUUGAAGCGUUACGGUCGCGUAGCGGUUAUGAAGCGACGUGAAUUCUACAUUUAUUCACUAACACUUUCCCAAGCCUCAUCGCGUAAGCCGUUUCUAGUCGGGCGCAGUGAAAAAUGACCGCUUAUCACGGUCAGCCAUUCCAAAGGCGACCAAGCGCUUUCUAGUUUUUCAAAUUCAUAGUUAGAACCCUAAGGAAGAUUUUUUUUUUUGUCAUGGAUGACAUUUUUAGAAGCUUCUCUUCAACUUUUCACAGCUUGACUUUCAAGAAAACUCUUUUGAAGUUCAUGAUUUUCGAAGUUUCAGUUGACGAGUACGGACAUUGAGAAAAGGUCGGAAGAACGCCGAGGGCUUUUUGCGAUCCUCGACGAGGAGUCCAUGUUCCCUGGAGCUUCUGAUGACUCGCUUUUCGAGCGGAUUUUCGUCCACCUUGGCCAGGAAACCAAGUGAGAGUUCAAGCAUAUUGUGGGAACUUUUCAGUUCAAGAACUCAUUUGAAAUGAGAAGUUAUUCUCUCACAAAAAUGACAUAAUUACGUGAUUUUCUUGAUUAUCAAGUGGAACCGGAGAUUUUUAUAUCACAAAAGUUAUAACGUGGAAAUCUCAACCUUCACGAAUUUCGAUAAAAUAGCUCAAAAAACGGGGAAAACCCUGGAGGGUGAUUUCCAGACUUUUAGCCCUCAUUUCACGAGAACUGGUUGUCAUGACUUUACUGACCACUGUUUGAAAAACAGAGCAAAUGAGAAGAGAUUAAUAUUUGAUCGGCAGUUCCCUAUUCCUUUAGCAUGAUCCGUCGAGCUGGGAAACCACGACAGUUUGUCUUGGCUCAUGUUCACGACUGCCAGCCAACGACCUACGACAUCAGCGGCUGGCUGAAGCUGGCGCAGCCCUGCGAGAGCUCCGCGGCAGCCCGUCCGCUGCUCGCCAACAGCUCCAAGUCUGAAAUCGCCAUGAGAUCAGCAAAACAGUUCUCGAUUUAAGUUCUGCCAUCGCGACUCUCUUCGCCAACGUUUCACUAGCCGGCGGUGAUUCGAGUAGGCUCAGAAGGGCGACUCAAGCCGCCCAGUUGGAACUUUCGGCUCGGAGAGCUGCUGGAGGGUUCAUCGCGAAUCUCAAUGGGCAGAUUGUGAGUUUGAGGGUUGGGCAAAAGAAUCUUUACAUCAGAGGCCAAUUACAUGCAAAAAUGUAGGCUAAAAUUCUGAAAUGAACGUGAAAAUAGGAAGAUUCUUUUUUGGAAACUCAUUUCCAUCAUCGUAUUUACUCUGCGUUAAGUUUGAUACAUGUGAUUCAGCUUUGCCAUUUUUUAAAGAACUCAGCUAUGAUGAAACUUGAAAAUAUUGUGCAUUUUGACAAGUUUUUAAAUUUCGGCUAUGCUUUUUUGAACAUCCAGAAAGUUUUUUAAUUACCCACAAAGCCUAAAUUUAGUGCUAUAAUUGAAAAAAAUAUUAUUUUUUUACUUCUAUAGAAGUGCAAAAAUUCGUCCAAAAAAAUAUUAUUGAGAAGGCGGGAUUUCGAAAAAAUUUUCAGUGAGUCUGAACUCAUCCAUUUUCGAGAUUAAUUUCAUACUAAAUAAGACGAAUCUAACUUCAAAAGGGAAGGAGUUUGAAAAAAAGAUACUUUAGAACAAUGAUUGAUUUUUUUCUUGAAACUGUCGAAUUUAAAGCCUUUUUUUAAAAAUAAAUUCCACUCUCCUUUGAUAUGAGCGCUCUGUACAUCACCAGCUUAAGAAAAAUAUUAUCAAGACAUCUAAAAUUCUCUUUUGGGACAUCAUUUUUCAAAUGAGUCCUCAAUAUUUUCUGAAAGGAAUGAACUACCAUUCUCAGUGUGUCUGAACUUAUCCGUUUUCGGAUUUUGUUUCAUACGAAAAAUUUGAUUUAGAAAGAAGUUAAAAAGAAGACUUUGCAAUGAUGAUUAUGAUUUUUGGAACAAUUAAUAUUUGAUCGAUUAAAUUUUCUCAAAAAUUUUGAGUCUGAAGCCUUUUUUCAAUAAUUUCACUCUCCCUUGAAAAAUUUGUCCUAUUCACCACUGUUUUGAGCGGAAAUAUUAUUAGGACAUCUAAAUUCUAAUUUUUGAAAAAAAUCGAAAAAUUUUUCUGAAGCUAGUGCUGAGGGAACUACCAUUUCCUCUUCUUCCGAAAAAGGACAUUCCUCAAGCCAGCUUAAUUGAUGCAAUGACAACAAAGCAUCGUUCUUCGUGUACGUCGCUUGAUCAGAAUAGGCUUAAUCAAUCAGAAAUCACCCGGCCGUUUGUUGUUUCUUCCCCCGCCGCCAGCCGUUUUCCAAACAUUUUAUCACCCCCAUUGAAAACGCCAAAGGUUCUCUCACAUAGUUGGGCGGAAAUAUGCUGUCGGAUGGGUGCGAACGGCGCCUCUAAACGGGCGGGAGAAGACGACGAUUUGGCGAAGGAAGAGAUCUCAUCGCCUAGUUAACUCACCUAUAUCCUCCGACCCGACGGCGUCCUUUCGCCCUCGGAAUAUUAUUUUCGCCUUCCUUUCCAUAUUCAACGGCUUCUUGGAAUGAUUUUCUGACAGUUGUACUGAAAAAUGGAGGUUUACCAUGCUCGUCGAGGUGUCGUCGUCCAGGAGGUUUUUCAAUCUUUUCAACUUUACUCCAUAUUUUCAGAGAGAUUUUUCUCAGUGUUUUUACCACUUUUUAUUCUUUUUUAAACCUACCAAAAGAUAUUUCAAGUGAAGUUCCUGAAAAUCUCCGCCUUCAUAAUUUUCCAUUUUUGAAAAAUUAAGCUUCAAACUUGGUUUUUUUUCCUUUUAACUUCCUCACUAGGUUCUUUAAAACUUUCAUUUUUUGUUAAACUUUCUGUAUUAAUACCUAUAAGGAACGUGAUUUUACUUAAACCUCCGAAUUUUUGAAAAUUCGCCAAAAUACUUCUCGAUAUGUAAGGUGAACAUCCUGAAAUUCUUAACCUUCACAAUUUCCCCUUUUUGGAAAAAUGAAGCUUCAAACUUGGUUUUAUUCCUUCUCACUUCCUUGUCCCUCGUAAAAGUACUCAAUAUAGGCUUAAAUUUUCCCUUUUCCCCACUUUUCACUCCUUUUAAACCUACCAACAGAACAUUAAUCCUCUUUAAUACAACCCAAAGCCAUUCAGUGAGAACUUUGAGGCAAAAGCAAAAGUCUGCCCCGACUUGAAAUUUGCGCCACACCGACUUUUUCUCCUUCUUUUUGUUUGGCCUUCGGAUGAACUUCUGUUAGUUGCUUACACGUGUGCGAUUGUCCUCCUGUUUUUUUUUUCCCAAUCAGCUUCUUUUAUUUAUCAAUUAACUUAUUUUUCUCGAUCUAUUUGCUUUUUAUACUUUUUGAAAGUUAGAUAAACGAAAAGUUUGUUCAAAAAAAGUUACUCAAAAAAAUUUAUUUUUUUGCUUCUUAUUUCAUUUAUUGAUUAUUGGAUCUGAAGUAGCAACUGUGUCACAAGCUGUAAAAACUAAAACAGAGUUGAGGUAAAAUUUUUUUCAGAAAAAAAGUCACAAGCUUCUUUUUUGGCAAUAUAAUUUUAAAAUGGCUCCUUAUUGUGUCCUCCUAAAGCCUGGUUUUUUUCUUAUAGAAGGUCCCAAAAUCUUUUUUGACAAGUUUAGAAUCAGAAGAAGUUCAAAAUUUGGUACAGAAAGGAUUUUCGAACCUUAAAAAUUCAAACUAUUCCCUCUUUUCACCAUUCAUGUGGCUAAUCAGGUUUUUUUUUUCAUUUUCUUUCAAUUUCCUCAAAAAAGAAGAAUUGAAACAGGAGCAGUUGAAAAUUCCUUGAAAAAGCGCCCGCCUUGAAAAAAUGUUUCUUCGUUAAUUUGCACAAAACUGGAACCGUGUUAAACAAGGUUGGCGCGCGUUUCCGUGGGCAUCAUUUUUUUCAUUUUUUUCAGAGCUUCUUGGGCAAAUUUUUGAGAAAUUUGAUUGAAAUUUUGAAUUUUGAGGCUUUUGAUCUGUCUUAGAAGUCUUGAACUUUACUUUCUGUGCUAUUUUUUUUUGUUUAGAACGGAAAAGUUGGCUAAAAGUUGAAAUUUCAGUUAUAACAAACUUUUGGGUAUCUGCCGACUGGAAUAUUGUUUCGGAGAUGUUUUAUAAAGAUUUUUUCUUGUCACUUUUUUCACAACUCAAAAAAAAAGUUUAUUUCUCUGCGCUCUCUCAUUCCUUGGCAUUCAUUAUCUAGUUUCUCGUUUUUUUUUGACCGUUAAGAGAAAAGAGAGCGCAGACAGAUUAGACAGUUUCAAGUUGCGGCCAAUGAAAUAUAGGUAAAGUCGGAAAGGGUGGAAAAAGGCUCAUUUUUUGCUGCCUUUUUGGGCCAUUUCAUCGGUUCUUAUGCACCAUUUUUGCUGCCUCUCUCUUUUUCCACCCUUUGAGCCUUUAAAAUCCCAGCAUAAAUGAAAGACUCGAUAAAGAGACUCUUUGUUGCCUUUUUGCUGCCUUAAUGCGGCCUUUUUGAGCCUCUUCCUUUUAGCGGCCAUUAUCCACCAUUCCGACUUUACCCGAGAGUAUAACUACUGAUUUCUGAUAAAUUAAAACUUCACUUCGCUCUUAAUUGAAGCUUGUUCACAAGUCUAGACGGAAUAUAUUGGCUUGUUUUGGCGAAUUUCGCGCAGUCUGUACAUCUCGAUAAUGUCCGACGACGUGUUGGUUUCUCCCUUCGUCGCCAAUUUCCUUCUCCCGAAAUUCUUCUAACCGAGGUGAUAUUCCUCGCGAGCGAGCGGCCCUCUCCGAACACAUCUGCCAGUAGAUGUUCUGAGGGGAAAACGUGUUCAGACCGCGUAAUCACGUCGUUUCAACGUCGAAAUCAUCGAAUCAGAUUAUCCGACUAGACGCUUUUUGGGUCUAUUAAUCUGUGGCAUUUUUUUUCGGGUUAGAAAAAUAAGAGGUUUUUUUUAAUUCUCUGAAGGUGUCCCAUAGUUUUCCAAUCCUUUUAAGCCCCGAAGUUUGCUAUCUUCGAGUUGUUCUCAAUCUUGUCUCGAGAGAAAAUCCCUAGGUCUUGACAUCUAGAAAAACCCAUGUUGGAAGACCUGAAAAAAAUUUUUAAAAAUCGGUCUUCAAAAGCUUGAGUGAAGCUUUUUGAGGGAUUCUCCCCAAAGUAGGUUAUGUGACACUUUUUGGGAUUUUUGAAAGUUUUCCGUUUUUUGAAUUUUACCAUGAUCGGAGCUUUUUCUUUCCUGAUUUUAUUGGCCGAAACUCGGAUCGAUUUGAAGGAUUUUAACUAAUAAUCUAAUUUUUUUGAUUGAAAAAAAUUACCGUUUGAAACAAGACUGAAUCAACCUUUGACAUGUCCAAAAAGCGCAGAAAUGCCAAUUUUGUUGUAUUAUUUUGAUAUUUUUUUUUAAUUUUCAGAAAAAAUGCUCGCAACUAAAUUCACGAUCAAUUUGUCAUUGUGACCCUUUUGAACUUAUUGCGAGCUCAAAAGUUUAUUUUUCAUGAGUUCUCACUUCAAAUUUCUCACUCUGGUUUGACAAAUUUGAAUUAAAUGAAACGCUGAACUCCCUUGAAAAAAUCAACCAUUUUGAAGGACUACGUCUUCUCAUCGCUGCGUCGAGCGCGACGGUCCCACUUCGUGCACUGCGUCCAACCGCAGCCGCCGUCUCCAAAGUCGACGAUGACGUCAGCCGUGCAGCAUCACGACAUUGUCGACGUUCCCAUGAUCCGCAACCAAUUGCGCUCCAUCUCACUCAUCGACGCCGUUCGCGCCAACAAUCGAGGUACAGAGAUUCGGAGUGGUCUGAUUCGGACUGGAUAGAUGGAAAAUUGAGAAAAAUAAUUUUACAAGAAGUCAGGGAUUUUCGUUUAGUAAGGGUAGAGAGAGAGAGAGAGAGAGAGAGAGAGAGAGAGAGAGAGAGAGAGAGAGAGAGAGAGAGAGACAAGAAGUAAAUGGGUAAGCCUUUUUACGGUCCAAAGGGUCACAGGUUCGAUCCCCGUCGCGGCCUAACCGCGUGGUUUAGGAAGUUAGCAAUUUUUGUUUAAAAAAAGAAGCUUCUUUCGGAAUCCCCAUACAAAAAUAACGCUCUUACCAUUUCAUCUGCUAUUUUUUUUUUUUUUGAAGUCCUUGAUCAAAGUUGUAAGUUAAGGAUCUUAGAGCUCUAGUGAAUAGUCCAAAAUGUCACUGUGAUAAGGAUUUUUAAUGGUUUGAGGGUUCCCUGAACGAGUCUCGUUCCGCGACUUCCGCCGUCGGUUCGGCUGCCUUGCCGAAGACGAGUCGCGAAGCAACAUCAACGACACCUUGGACGACCGGGCCGCCGUCGCCGGCAUCAUGGAGCGGAUGGAUAUCCACGAUCAGAGGUUCCGGCUCGGCAUCAGCCAGGUCAACAAGUUUUCGAGGAUAAUCAUUCAUUUUAAAUCAUUGAACUCAAGAAAAAUUAUAUGUUUUGAACUAUAGCUGAUCCUGUAGUUUCUGGCUUUUGAGUCACACUGAUUGUAAAAAGCAAGCAGAUUUCAAAUAAUUUAUGAAUAAUCACAUACCUGGUUCUUCAAGAUCAAAAGGUAGCUUGACUGGUCGCAGUUCAAGGAGGCGCCAAGAGACUUAGCAAUUUUUACUUGUCUGGCUGGCGUCUCUUCAAACCUACCAUCUUUCUUUUUUGAUUUUUGACUGACCUAAUGACCCCUCAUUUAAACGGAUUGAUAGCAAAUCGGCAAAAGUUCGAUUUUAACUGUCAAUUUCUUCCAGGUGUUGCUCGCUUCGGAUGUGCUCAAUGAGCUGGAAGACCGACGCGAAUUGUGUCUUUCCGGCCUGAUCGGAUGCUUCCAGAUGGAGUGCCGACGUCAUUUGGCCGCCAAAUGGCUCCAGAAAAGACGGGUCCUCGACACGGCCAUCCGAUGCAUUCAAGUACUUGAAGCUUCUCAUGAAUAUUGGAAACUGAUGGCAUUUCUCAGAAAAACGGCCAGUCUUACCUGAAAGUGCGCGAAUGGCCCUGGUGGAAGCUCUACACGAGGGUCGUGCCGUUGUUAGCCGUCGCCAGGAGUGGAACUGAAAGUCGAGAAUGGAACGAGCGAGUUCGGCAACUGGAGCAGCAGAUCCACGACCUGAGGAUAGCCAAGACGAAGGCGGAUGGACGGGCGGCGGAGCUGGAGGAGGAGGUAAGAUCUCAGGGAUAGCUGCGCUAAAAGAGUGAGGUGCGGGAAAGGCCGCCAAAAGACAGAAAAAAGAGCCCUUUAUCCAGCCUUUCAUUUUUCUGGGCUUCAUGAAAUGGUAGAAAAAGGGAGAGGCAGCAAAAAUGGUGCAAAAGAGCCGAUGAAAUGGCGCAAAAAGGCACCCAGAAAGAAAGAGCCUUUUUCGACCCUUCCGACAUGUCCGAUUAGCACGGAGAAAGAAAAAUUUUCACGUUUUUCAUCCUUUGUCAAUUUUCGAAGGUUCAAAAAGCUCAGAAAUCCUGGUCAAUGGUCAAAAUGCUAAGAAAGGCAACAUUUAAUAUUUUGGAGCUUCAUUUUUAACGGGCUCGAAGGAAUUCGAAGUGAUCUCGGGCCCUUUAAAACUUUCGACAUCUCAGUUUUAGAAGCCCCUCAGGCCUGGUCUUUUAAGGGGAAUGAAUCUUCCCAGUUUCUCAUCUUUUGUCAACGUGAAGAGAAAAAAAUUUGAAGCUUCCUAACUUUGAAAUUUCGAGAUUUUGACAAAUAGAAACCGUACAAGGUCUUUACCAGAAUCCUCGAAAAUUUUUAAAGUGAAUUUUUAGCUCAUUCGCGACUGUCUCGAGCAGAGAGAGGGUCUUGACACGAUAAAGUGAAAAUCGCGCUUGUUUUGUAGAUAUUUUCAGCUUUUUUUUAGUGUCCCAGCCGUUGUGAUAAAAUUGUGAGCAUCAUUCAGUUUUUUUUGAGAAAAUCUCUUUAUAGUUGGACCGACAAACCCAAACAGCCGCACAACUGAGCGUCGCCCUCGAGAACGAAUCCCAGCACAAGGCUCAAAUCGAGAGACGACUCCAGCAGUGGAAAGAGAAUGGUAAAAGAAAAAUUAUUAAAUACACGUGGCAUUAUUGAUUGAAUUUGCUCAUUUCAUUUCUAUCCCUUGUGAUGGUCGAGUGCAUAUCUUCCACGAGUUUUGUCGUUUCUCAUCGUUUUGAAUGUCAGUGAUCUUCAAUUUCUAGUUUUCGGGAUGUUUUAGGGUUACAAGAUUGUAGGAACCCUUAUAGAGGACAAGAUCAUCGAUUUAUUUCUCAAGAAAAGGGGGUGGGAAAAUCACUGUAGUGACCACUGGAGCGUCCCUAGAAAGACCAUUGGGAAAAGUUUUAGUGGCCACUAUGGAGGCUCUCCAAGGACUACUUGAAGAGAACACUAAAGUGGCCACUAUUUUGUUCAUUAGUGGCAACUGUAGUAGUUUGAGUCAUCUAGUAGUACCACUUAGGACUCUCUAGUGGCCACUAAUUUUUAAUCCCUAAAGUGGCCACUAUUUUGACUACUAUAGUGGCCGCUGAAAGUCAAAACCCUAUAGUGGCCACUAAAACUUUUCUCAGAUAUAUAGAAAUACCUAGAGCCAAUUUUUUAAAUAAGUCUUUAGUCGUCUUAAAAAGUGAUUUCGGGGACUUCUCUGCACCCUCUUCUUUUCUUGCGACCCUCUCAUUUUAACGUGCUAUUUUCACGCCCCUCUAACCUCGCCGGAGAGGGAAGACAUUUCGAAAACUUUUAUUUCGCCGCCAACGGACUAUACAGAACUAUCACCAAACCUACUUUUUUGAAAAAAAAAAAAUGAUUCCUUUACCUAAAUUUUCAAGGCGGCGACAACAUCAGCCGCGUCUCUUCGAGUGCAAAAUUGGAAUCUUCGGCCUCCGAUGAAAAGAUCACGGAACUUCGAGCCGAACUCCAAAAAACGCGCGAAAAUGAAGAACAACUGCGAGUGAAGACCCAACGUUCGGUGGCUCAAUUACAGGUAGAGAGCACACCUGAAAACGAAAUUCACACUUUUGGACUUUCAGGACGUAGAAGGUGAGCUGGUCAAGAUUCGAGCCCGAAAUGAGAUCCUGGAGAAGAAACAGCAAAGGUCCAGUUAUUCCUGGACUUUUUGAGGAAAAUGGAGUUUCAGGUUUGAUGCCGACGUCCGAGUUGUUGCAGAACAGCUCCAGGACGUCAAGUCGGAUAAGGAACGGAUUGAGAAGGAGCGCGACGAGCAUUCGUCGGCUGUGGCGAGGAAAGUCGCCGAAAUUCAGGUAUUCUGAAGGAUCUACUUGUAGAAUACUUUUUACGUAGGACCUUUUGAAGGUCCCAAAGAGUCAACAGUUACGCAAAUUUCCUUACUGAUUUCCAAACGAGUGUCAAAAAUGAAUUUGCAGACGUUAAAAUCGGAAAAUGCCGACCUGCGCGUGUCCGUCUCGAAAUUAAAACGUGACGCCGAAGAAAGAGCCGAGAAAAGUGCUAGCCAAGGUUCGGUCGCUGGCGAAGACCUCGCCUCCCUCCAACUUAUCCGCCGGAAUCUUGAGACCCGAAUCCGAGAGCUGGUUCAGUUGCGAAGCUCAAGAAAGGAGGGUAAACGUCGAUUUUGAAGGAGGAUGAGCUGGACGACAUGGCCGGAACCAACCAGCUGCAGGCGCAGAACGUGACGCGACUGGAGAUGGGCCAGGAACGACUGCGGACCGAGCUCCACCGCGAGUCGAUCAGUCGCGAGGGCGAGAUCGACGAACUCCGCGGCCAGUACCAGCGACGGGUUGGACCUUCUUCGCGAUGGAACUCUCUAAAAACUUAGGAACUUGAUUGGCUUCAAAAACAUCUGAUUUUUGAGCUGGUUUCAGAAUGUUUCAACCAAAGACUGACUUUAGAGUUUAUUUCGAAGGUCGAAUUUCAGAUUUUGAGCUUUAACACAGAGUUUUCAAGCUCAAAAUUUAAAAUAUUGAGCUUCGGACUCAGUUUUUCACACCUAAAUUCCAAAAGUUGAAUGUUUCAAGACUGAAAAUUUUAAUACUAAGCUUGGAACCAAGAUUUCCAAAACCGAAAUUUCAAAAAUUAAGCUUUAUCACCAGAUUUAUAACGCCAAAAUUUUGAAUAUUAAGCUUCGACCCGAGAUUUUUAAGACCAGAGUUUCAAACGCAAUUUUCAUAAGCCAACCUUUUCGUGGCCUUUUUUUCGCCAUUAUCGACUUUUUGGUAACCUCUCUCCAACAAUUUUGAUUUUUCUGGAGAAUUAAUAAAUGGGACGAGCGCUUAGGUGGAAGCUUGUUUUUUGACGACUUGAAAAAUGGUCCAAUCUCAUAAAAGGCACCCAAUUUUUAGUUACGAGCCCUGGAAGAUCAGCUGGCUGACGCCCAGGAAAGCAACUCGUCGUUGAUCAAGGAGAAUCGGGUCCUCGAAGCGAGGGUCACCCAGUCGCAUAGCUCUUAUAACACGUUUGACAUCGACCCGAAAUCAAUAACGGAUUUGUGUUCUAGUGUGGAUAUUUCUGGGGGUCAGGCCAAAAGGGAGCUCCGCCGCGUCAUGGCGCUGCUCCAAGACACGCAGUCGCUUCUGGCUCACGAGAGGGAGACGGCUCCCUCGCAGAGUCUCAUCCGGCAGCUCAGGUGAGAUCAAGAAGCUAUCCUGAAAGUGUUUAUUUUAAUUUGAUGUUCCUUCUUGAAAUCCAUGUAUUUUUGAGCGCAUUUUUUGUUGUACAAAUUACUAGUAUCUCAACAAAAAUUCUUGAUGAGCGGAGUCUUAUUCGACAGCUUAGGUGGAAUCGGAAAGCUUCCCUUUUUUUUCCUCUUUUCCAAGCUCAUAUUGUUAGGAGACGUGUUUUGUCGAAUUAUGGCUUAAUUGAACUCCAGGGUCUUCUGAAUCUAGAAAUAAUAUAAAAAUGUUCCUAUUGCCUGUGUGACGCUCCAAAAUCUUCAAAUGAUGCCUUUUUCGAUUAUUUAUGUCGCUUAGGAACUUUGAAGCAGCACAAAUCUGUCGUAAGGGAAAUUUCGAAAAGUUCAAGUCAACUCAGGAUGGCUUUGGUACCUCUCUUUGAUACUCAUGAGACAAAUAUUGAGCGGAGAAAAAGGCCAAUAUAUGUAAAAGUUUAUUACUAGAAGAAAUUUACUUCUUUUUCUCGGCAUAGAUCAGAAUUGAAUGAAUAUUUCACUACCAUUCACAAGGGUGACAAUCCAUGUUGAACUUGAGCUUUUAGAGAACAACUGGAGGACGCUGAGGCGGCCAAGUUGAGCGCCCAAAAAGGUCGACAUGGCCUUGAAAGCGAGCUCAACGAAGUUCGAGCUCAGGUAUUUUUCAAAAGAACGUUUCGAGAUUUUAAAAAAAAUCGCGUUUUUUCCAGCUCGAACAAGCCUUGGUGGCGAAGAACGUGGCUGAAGAGAAGGCCAUCUCGCUUCUCAAGGAAAAGAACGCCUGCGGAGCGUUGAUCGUCGAGAAGGACGAGCAGCUCCAGAGCCUGCUCAAGAAGUACAAGGCCGCCGUCCAGCAGAACCAGAUCGAUCAUAUCACCAUCGCCGAUCACCUCGAGCAGGUUCGAUCAUCGUAUUUGUUUUAGGGGAAGUACAAGAAGACUCUUCAAAGAGAAAAAAAAAGUUUUACAAGUAGAAAUAAGCUCACUGGAAGCCUUUUAAAAAAAAAAUGUAUGAAAGCGUUUUCUAGAAGACGAGUCGUUCCAGGUUUUUAGAAGCCUGAGAAUCUUGAAUGUUCCUUGAGCUUUAAACUUUAGGAAAAAGAUCAAAAAUUAGGUGGUUUUUCUGAUUUAUUUUCGAAGUUCAAGGGGAAGUAUGUCAAAAAAUCAAGAUAGUGGUGAAUAAUUGAUAAAAUACGAUUUUUUUUUUGACUUGAAAAAUUUUCCUCAUACACCUUUGAAGCAGUCUGAUUUCUUUGUGUCCUAGUUUCCCUCGGCUUUCCAUGUUCCUCUUCGGUGAGGGAGAAGAGAGCGCAGACAAGUCAGACUGUUUCAAGUCAUAGCUAGCGGUGUAAACAACAGCUAGAAGAAAAAUACCAUUUUUGUUUUCUUGAUACGAAAAGCCUCUUCAUAGAUUGCUGACUCGAAAAGUCUGAUUUUCUUUUUUUCAUGUUUUUAUGGCUUUUUAGCAAGAGAAAAGAGACUGCAGACAGGUCAGGAUGUAUCAAGUAUCGACCAAUGACGUAGCUUUUUAAAAUACGAUUUUUUUUUUUUGGAUGAAAAUAAGCCCCUGUUCAAAUUGCCAACCCGAAACAGACUGAUUUUUCUGCUACCUGAAUUCCCCUGACUUUUUAAUUUUUUAUGACCUUUUCGGUGAGGGAAAAGAGAGUGAAGACAGGUCAGGCUGUUUCAAGUAGCGGCUAGUGAUGUAGAAUCAGAUAAAUACCUUUUUGGAAAAAAAAAAAGAAGCCUCUUUCUAGAUUGCCGACCUCGAAAAGUCGAAGCAGAAGCUUGCCGAGAAUUUGCACGAGCAAACGUCUCAAAACGAGUACCUACACCAGAGUACGGUGGAGCGACACAAGUUGCUCCUGAGUGAGCAGAAGGCCAGGGAGCUCGAGGCACGGCUCGACCUCGAGUCGGCUCACAAACUUCGUCUCGAGGUUUUUGAGCACUAAAAGUCUUGAUAACCUGGAGAGUUCAGUCGAUCGUCACGAAAUUGACGGAAGAAGUCGACGCGCUGCAAGAUCAGAUGGGCGAGGCGAACACGUCGAGAGACAAGGAGGUGGAGGCCGCGAGGAAGAUUCGGUUAUUUUUUGGAUUAUCUUAUGGAUUGAAAGGGAAUUUGUUGCGGUCGCGAUGCGUUUUUUUGGCGGGAACUACAAAUUCGAACGCGAGCGCGGGAAAAAUGUAGAAACAAGGCAGUUUAUCAUAAUCCUCAGAAGAAAAACGACAGGCCAGCGCGCAGACAUCCGUUUAGAGAGAAUGAUAAACUUGGAGUGACCAGACUCGUACUUUCCUCGCUUUGCACACUCUCUGAGGACCUGUGCGCUGGUAUGCCUUUUUUUUUCUCAGUCGUUAUUCUCUCAUACUGGCCAGAUGUACCCUCAUUAUACCCGGGCUCAUACGUUGGCUGAAUCCCAUCCCGGGGUGAACGAAUUGCCUAUUUCAGUAUAUUUUUGAAUAUUUUUUAGCGCGAAAAAGGCUUGGUUGUGAUCCAGCCCAGGUAUGACUCCGUUUUUUGAGGCUCUAUGUGUUUUAAUUGUGCUGAAAUGGGAGAAAAAUGGGCGUAAGAAAAGACAAGUGGCCUAACCGUGUUCAUUUCGAAAAUCUGAGACCCUACUGUCCUCGAAUGGUUCCUGAGCUGUCUUAAAAAAAUGCCCAGCUCUGCAUAUACGGGCUUGAUACGGGUAUUCCCGCUGAGAGCCCGUGUCAGCCCGGCGGGUCUACCCUCAACAGCAUGAGAGUUUGAUUGAUUUUUUUCGAAUGAUGCCUUCACAGUAGGCAAAAAAGGAUCCAAAAACUGACGAAAAAAAAAUUAGAUGAAUUGUGAGCUGAGCCGCGUCGCAACCAAAACAAGUUACCAAAAUAACCGUGAUCAGCAAAAUUUGACUUUAACUAUGGUUUUUUUUCUCAGAAAGGAGAUGCUCCAAGUGAUGGAGUCGCUGGAGGAGUACAAAAAGCGAGAAGUUGAUUCGGCUCACAAGCUGAGAGUUUUGGUGAGAUUGCUUCUUUUUUUCCUCUAUCUCUAUUUUCUAAAAUUUUUGAUACCUCUUCGAACUGUAAUCGAUUUCGAGUUUCCAAUCGACAUGUUUUCCUCCAUUCAAUCAUUUUCUCAGCGCUCGGAACUACAACAGCUAGAAGAAAAGAAUAAAGUGUCGGCGACGGAGCUGAAGAUGGCCAACAGGCGGAUAGAAAGCCUCCUGGCGGCUCUGAACGAGGGCCUGGGCGAGGAUUCUGAUCUGGAUGACGAGAUCGACGAGGAACGCGCUGGGUCAGUUUUUAUUGGGUCGAUUUCUUGAGCUUUGAAGGAAAUGCAGAAAGAAACCCUUGCAACCGACCCGAAAAGGUUUGCGCACAAUGGGAUAGAAUAUUACAUUGGCAAAUGUCUAGGGAAAGUUAUGAAGCCGCAACGCUUUGGGCCAUUCCAAUCACGACCUUGGCUUUCUAGUUAUAUGUGAAAUGACAUCAAUGAGUUGUGGGCGAAGUUGCAAACUUCAUUUUGAGGUCAGAAUUUGAGAAAAAGAAUCAGCUAAAAAUCCGUUUUCUUGAACUCUGAACGAAAGGCCGGGGUGAAUUAUUGCGCCCGACCCUGAACGGUUUGCGCGCAAUGGCAUAGAAUAGUAGAUUGAAAAAAUUGGCAGAAGACAAGUUUUCUGUGGAGAAUUUCCGGCCGCAACGCUUCGAGCCAUUCCAAAUGCGACCUUGACUCGGAUUUUUCUAACUACAUGUAAAAUGAGCUCAACGAGUUGCGGUCGAAGUCGUUUUGUGGUCGGGCGCAUUUUCACGUUGACUUCUUCGCAGCCGCAACGCGUUGAGCCAUUACAAAUGCAACCUUGGCUUUCUAGUUAAGUGUGAAAUGACCUCAACGAGUUGCGGUCGAAGUUGCGAAAGUCGUUUUGUGUUCGGGCACAUUUUCAUCUCGACCGCUUCGCAGCCGCAACGCGUUGAGCCAUUCCAAAUGCGACCUUAGCUAGAAUUUUUCUAACUACAUGUAAAAUGACCUCGACGAGUUGCGGUCGAAGUUUCAAAAGUCGUUUCGUGGUCGGGCACAUUUUCACGUUGACCGCUUCGCAUCCGCAUCGCGUUGAGCCAUUCCAAAUGCGGCCUUGGCUAGAAAUGUUCUAUCUACAUGUGAAAUGAUAUUAACGCGUUGCGGUUGAAUUAGUAAAAGUCGCUUUGUGGUUGGGCGCAUUUUCAUGUUGACCGCUUCGCAGCCGCGACGCAUAGAGCUAUUCUCAGUGUGACAUGUUUUAAAAACGGAUGAAUUUACUAUAUUGAUUGAUUAUUUUGCAGCAUGAACAUUCUCUGA